GGCCAAGUAGGCACCGAGCGGACGUUGGCGACGCUUGUCCGACAGCUGAGCUGCGGAACAACGGACCACGUAGGAAGAGUCCCUUGAAAAUGCCAGGUUGUUCUGUUGCCCUGUGCAAAACUCGCUCGGGAAGUGGAAAGAUCCUCUACUCACUUCCUUCCGGUAAAAAUAGCGUUAAACGCCGACUCAUCUGGCUUUUGCGCAUGGGGAGGAGCGCUCCAGCUUCCAGGAAUGCGAAGGUCUGCGAGGACCACUUUGAAGCAAAGGAGUUCAAGACUGAUCUGGUUAAUGGCAGACGCAAGCUGAAGGCCAACGCAGUUCCAUCUCUGCUUCUCAAUGCGGAGUGGAAUCUUCCAACCACGGAGAAGCGAGCACCUGCAGCGAAACCUCCUUGCGAUGCACCUCAAGCAGAAACUGUGGAGUUGCAUGAAAGUGGCUUGAACCGAGAAAAGAAGCCAGAGCUGACGCCGUACCUUGAACAGAAGAAGUGUUGGAAAACAGAAGAAGAAAGAGGCAAAGUUCGACAGCCUACAAGUCACACCUUCACUGCUGAUCAAAUUAGAACGUCGGAGAAAGGUACAAUCGAGGCAAGCUCCAGCCGGAAUGCAACUGUGCCGAAUGCUUUAUCCACGGAAACGGUGUGUGGAAGCAAGGGCUGCGAGUACGUCAAAGAGAACAUGGUUCCUCUACCUGCACCUAGGACACUACAUAAACAAGUGGAGUGCACAGAAGACUUUCCAAGUGAUGGAGGUGCAUGCUCGAAGGAUGUCGGCUGCCUACCAGGACCCACGACGGACAUUCUCUUCAAAUGCUGCUUCUGCACCCAUAUCACCAGGGAUCAGCGUGCAAUCCUCGAUCACCUGGUUGUCCAUAAUUGUGAACAACAACUCAAGUGCCAGCACUGCCCAGAACACUUUUCUAAAGGGGAAAACUUGGGAUGCCACACCGAGAUUCACAAGCCAGAAAGAACUUUCGAGUGUCAACUGUGUCCUGCAGAAUUCCGGAAAAAUAGCGAUCUGGUCAGUCACAUUCAAACGCACACGGGUAAAAACCAUUUUAGAUGUGGGGAAUGCCUCAAAGUGUUCGCUCAGAAAAGUUCUCUAAGUUUCCACGUGCAAAGCCAAAGAAAUGAGAAGCCUUACAAAUGCGAACAGUGCCCCGAAGCCUUCACUUGGAAGGGCGCUCUGCUACAUCACAUCAAAGUGCACGUCAGUAAUAGGCCGUUCAAGUGCACCAGCUGUCCAAAGUCUUUUGUCCGAAGUAAAGACUGUACAACUCACAUGCGAACACAUGCGGGGUACAGACCUUACAAAUGCAUGCAGUGUCACAAAGCAUUUACUCAAAAAUAUUUACUUAUCCGCCACAUGCGAAUACACAAACGCGAGGUGCCCUACAAAUGCAAGUGUUGUCCCUUAUCCUUUAGUCGAAGUGAGAAAUGAUACGGCGCAUUCGAAUACACAUGGAUGCGAGACUUGUUCCAAAACCUUCAACACACUUAGGAACCUGACAGAGCACGUUCAAAGGCAUAUGGGUGAGAGGUCUGUCAAAUGCAAGCAAUGUCCCAAAGCCUUUGCUGUGCGUGGAGACCUGACGCAGCACAUUCAAAAGCAUGAGAGACAACAGAAUGCUAUGUCCUAAAGUCACUGGAUCCUAUGAAAGUAGUGCCAUUGCCUUUCCUGCCUGCUAGCCCGACACAAACAGAUACCAACACACAGACGAUCAAACCUUGCCAGAUGAUUGGCUGAUCAGUCUUACUUGCCAUGGCAAUCGCCAUUUAGGUCCAUUCAGAUCUUCGAAGCUUUGAAAGGUCUGUUCAAAACCAGUCGCACCAAGAGUGCCAUGGAGCAUCCCUCGCCAAUAAAAGCGCCUUUGGCGCUCUGCAUGCAGCCCACUUAUCAGUCGUGCUUAUCUCCACAGAUCUCUUGCAAUGGCAUUGUUGUUCUUGCAUAUUUAAAAACAGGAAAAUUAUUUUUCAAUGCCAUCCAACACUGGCGCCACAUGUGGUGGCGACGCAAAGAUGUGCGCUUGUUUCGCCGGUGUGGAUAACGAAAUUUCGGUAUUCAGGAAACAUCUCUACACACCAACUCAACUCUGCUACGUCAUGCUGCAGUGGCGGCAGAUCAGGCACACUUCCAGUCUGGGGCUGUGAGCAGAGGUCAUCAUGUGGGUCGGGCAUUUUUGUGGCAAUUUGAAAGAAACCAAAAAAGAAACUGCUUUCUCGUCUAAAUGCGGCAGCUGGAGCUCUAUCAAAACAGCUCGGAAAGAUAUGAAGAUCAGUUUUCAUGUGUUUUCUGACUGCUCGGUUCGUCUGAGAACGUGGAUAGGCACUGUGAAAAGGAAAACUCGGACACCAUCGGACCAUGAUUGCUUGUGUGGGAAGCACUCUGGGUUGAAUUCACAGACACUUGUGGUCGUGAGAUUUUUUUGUUUUGUUCCAACAUGAACACAGGAAAAUCGUCAAGUUGUCCAGACCACCUGCGGGCCACAUUCAGUGAGUCUUCACGUUGAAACGGCCGUCUGAUUGUUCUCAUUGUCGUCUGCUCUUUCGAACUCAUUCAGACUGUCGUCUGCUUGUUCAAAUGACAGCUACCAGUUGACCAAAUAUCUCAAUAAGAGGUAAGUGCAGGCCUCGUAAGAUUUGUAAGUUUGAAGGUUGUUUGGGGUGAGUAAGCUUAGUGUAAACGGUACAAUACAAGGAGAUGUUGAUCACUGUUACCAGUGGACAUCACCGACUUGUUAUGCCCGAUUCACUUCUUCCAAUUCCGCUUGCGAUCUUCAUUAUCAACAUCGAGCUUCGCAGCUACCGUCCACGCUUUUCCAGACCGAGCGUCAUCGCGACUGAAAAUAGCAAGCAGAAUCUUUUCAUGCUAAUCAGGCUUAAGUGUCCAAUCUGCGGCGUUCACGCGGAAUGAGUCGCCGCACGCCACAUUAUUUACCAAAGAUUUGCAGUGUAACGAGCUUUGUUAACUUUCUUCAGGCCACUAAAGUAGUAAGACAUUGUUAGGAGACAAAAUCAACAAGUCCAAUGCAAGAAAGAGCACAUGGGCUCGCACUGGCGCCGACAAAAUCAGAUUUCGAUGGUUUGUUGAUGUGGGAUGCGGUGCUUCUUCCCCAUACUCCACUGUGAAUGCGCGGUGCCGCUGGUGCGCUGCUAGUGGCGCUCCGGUUCGCUUGUAAACAUGAGUUGGUGUAUAAAACUACCCGGCGCAAGCGAAUUUAGAUUGGCUCGCCAAAAAUGGCGAGGUCAAAGAGAAACUGCCCAUUCCAUGAACCAAGAUGGUGACCAUACGGGGGUGCUUGGCACUAGUUUCCCAGGAUCCAGUGACAUUGGUACGUCCUACUAGCUGUGAAAGAGUCAGCCAGCCCGAGCAGAGUGAUGGAGAUUUGAAUGAAAAUAACAACCCAGAAACGGGCCUCACCGAUGUUAGUGAUCAGAGUUUCACUCUGGUCGACCACCUACAAACACGUGUACAUGGGCUCACCUGUGUUGACAGUGUACAUUAACCUCCCAAGGACAAUGCUGCUCUAGAUGGGUAUAUACUGCAUAAGAAGCAAAGGUGGAUUCACAACCAGCUGACUGACCUUGAAUUAAUGCCAAUGGCAGCCGUCUCAUUUAUUGGUCAGUCAAAUAAAUUUUUGCGUUCCCCGUCUGGAAAAGUAUUGGACAUCUUUGAACACUUGGUGUUGCACUGGUGCCCGAGUUAUACCUAUAUAGUUUCAUUAGAAGUCCAAGUGCAGUCAAAGGGUAGAAUGUGAGCAUGGAUGUACUGAAAGCGCAAGGUCGCGGCUCGUUCUGCUUGUUUGGUCUCGUCGAUGAUAGCCGAUGCACAGAAAGAUUAUGAACAUUGUGACCUUGUGUUUUUAGAAUUACUCUAUUGGCCCAAUCGGCUGACAGCAUCUGUUGCGCCAAUCAGUGGCGUCACUAAGUGUGUGUGGGGGGAAGCAGAUCGCUUUGGGUGCAGCGCUCAGGGGGUUGCAGCUGGGCAGUGAAAGGGGGGGAGGGGAGGGGAGUCACAUCGACCAUGCUGCGGACCCUAGUGACGCCACUGCCACCGAUACUUAUUAAAACAAGGUAUAUGUGUCUUUUGGAGUGCUGACGUUCAGUGGUUUUAAAAAUAUGCUUUUAUCUCCAACAUGUUUAGUCUCAGUUGUAUUCUUAUUGAUUCUUUUCUCUUUUACCUGAAACAGUGGAUGUUUUGGACAAUAAAUGCCUCUUCAGACACAAUUA